AUGCGGCCCCUGGUUGAGUCGACAACGAGUGUCGUCCACACCGGAUAAUCAGUUUUCAGUGUUGGUUGAUUGGAACCGUCCACGUGGCGUUUCUGUGGCGGUACCGGGGKUCCAGGUAAGACACGCGGAGAGCUCCUGUAGGGGUGUGUAUUACUAUUACGAUCACGGGUCUGCAGUUGGUUUUCUUGGCUAAUGGCGAUGGCGGUGACGUCGUCGUCGGCCCGUCUGCUAUGCGCUUCGGUCAGGCUGGGAGGGGCCACCCCGCUCAGUGGGGCUAGUGGUCUUCGCAAGGAGAGCACGAAGGAGGUUGGCGCAAGCAGGUGUGGAGCACGAGACGGAGCGAGAGGAGUUGUGCGGGCGUGGUCAUGGACGACCUCCAUAGCCGCCGUCGGGUCGGGAUCUUCACGGCUCCGGGGGGGGAAUCUGUGCACGGCUGAGCGAGACGCAGUGAGCUGCUCGAAAAGCAUGUAUUGGGAACGAAGUCCGACAUGGCCUAAGGUGAAACGCGGUCUGGGAGGGCGAGUUUGGUUGGUUUCACGAGAGGAGUUAGGACGGGAGGGGGAGGGGGAGGUGGUGGGCGACGUGAACAGAGGGGUCAGUAGGGAGAAGUUAGGUCGGGAACGGAGAUGGAGAGUUCUCCCUAGUUGCCGGCGGCUUCAUCGUCGGGGCCACGUGAUGAGCGCCAUGAUGUGGCCUAAGUUGAAAGGCGGGUGGGGAGGACACGGGUGGGUGGUUUCAGAAGAAGAGGAGGGGGUGGUGGGCGGUGUGAACAGAAGGGGCAGUGGGCAAGAGGCAGGACGAGGACGGAGACGGGGAUGUCUGCUCAGCCGCCGCCGGAAUCGUCAUCGGGGCCGCGUGGUGAGCGGAGCGAUGGUGGGAAGAUGGCAGGAAGGGGAAGAAGAGGGUCAGAGAGAACGUUGCGAGACGGAAAGGGGAAGGUCGUUUGGGAAGGCGAAGGGAGCAGAAGAGGAGAAGAGGCAGGUGGUGAUGCGAAGCAGCAGGGGCGGCAGGGUGGGUGCAGUAACGGGGAGCAGCAGGAGGAGAGGAGAGGAGAUGGUCAUAACUGCGAAGAGAGGUGCUCCUGCAAUCGCCCCCUUAGUCUUGUCUCCCGCGGGAAUCAUGGAUAUCAAUACGGUGCUGCUUCAGAACCGUAUUGUGUUCGUCGGCUCGCCAGUGGAUUCUAGGGUUGCGCAGCGUGUCAUCUCGCAAUUGAUGACUCUGGCGGCGAUUGACGAGAAGAAGGACAUCAAAAUGUACAUAAAUAGUCCAGGUGGCAGCAUCUACUCCAUCCUUGCGGUGUACGACUGCAUGUCGUUUAUUAAACCGGACGUAAGUACGAUCUGCAUGGGGAUAGCUGCUAGUCAAUCGGCGUUAUUAUUGGCGGGAGGGACGAAGGGAAAGCGAUUUGCCAUGCCGAAUGCCAGGAUUAUGAUUCAUCAGCCGCAAGGGGGAUGCGGAGGAACGAUCGCUGACGUCAGACGACAGGCAUCAGAAGUAAUGAUUAGCAGAGAUAAGAUAGAUAAGAUGUACCACGCCUUCACGGGGCAAUCGCUGGAGAGGAUCCAAAUGUACACGGAUCGAGACAGGUUCUUCUCCGCCCCCGAAGCUAUGGAGUUCGGUCUCAUCGAUGACGUCCUGCUGACCGAGUACUGACCAAUUUCUCUCUCUCUCCCCCUGUCUCCCUCUCAGUCUCUCUCCUUCUCUCUUACUCUCUCUCUCUCUCUCACUCUCUCUCACUCUCCUGAUGACCGAGGACUGAGCAGUCCCUCUCUCUCUCACACUCUCACACUCUCACACUCUCACACUCUCACACUCUCACAUUCUCACACUCUCACACUCUUACACUCUCACACGCUCUCACUCUCACAUUCUCUCACUCUCACAUUCUCUCACUCUCUCUCUCUCUCAACCUCUCAUUUCUUUCUUCUCUCGGAGAGAGAGUGCGAGCUACUGAGAGAGAGUGAGAGCUAGUAAGAGAGAGAGAGAGAGAGACUGUGAGAGAGAGAGGGUAGCUCUCACUGACUCUCGUUGUUUCUCUUUCCUCCUGCUGGUCGAGUAUUGAUUGACCUAUUUCUGUUAUUCCUCCUCUAAAAGUUUCUUCUCCCGAGUUAUGGAGUGCGUGGCGGUCGCUACUGCAGUCCUUGAAGCCCAAGUACUGAGCGCUCUACUGCUCCUCGCGCUCAUCCCAGAUUGUUUGUUUAUCCUCCUCUCCGUUGUCCUCUGUCUUCCACAUUCUCUUUUCGUCUCUCUUCCUCCUUCCCAUCGUCCCUAUUGUCCUCUCUGUCUCCUUCUCGUCCUCUCUCUUUUCUCUUUCGCUCUUUUUCUCUCUCGCUCUUUUUUCGUCCUCUCUGUCUCCUUCUCGUCCACUCUCUUUUCUCUUUUGCUCUUUUUCUCUCUCUACUUCCCCGCUGCCCGUGCUGCCCUCUGCCCUCCGCGGACCUCUCCGCCGUUUUCCCCCGGCACGAUUUCUCUCUUCCUCUUUUUCGCCUCCCUCCUCAACCGGUGUUCUCUCUUCCUGUCCUUCGCCUCUCCUCAGUAGUCAUCCUCUCUCCCUUGUAUGCUCCUGAACUGCGUGUUAC